GUUAGUUGCGGUGACAUGCGAAGAUUGAUUAUACUUUGGAUUAUUAUUAUUCAGAAUUCAUGUUAUCCUACCAGUGGCAAUGAUGGUUUAUACACGAAAGAACAUUAUAUAACUAACUUCAAAGUGGGACAUGAAUACAAGUAUGGCUGGAAGCUUGUACACAAACUGCAUGAGGGGGACGGGGAAGCCAUGUGGAACUUUGAGGAUAGCAAAAUGAUGAACCAUUCUUAUGUGACUAAAGGAUCUGCGAAAAUUAUUACUGGACCAAACUGCGACAUGCGACUUACCAUUGAUUCAGUUGAAGAAAGUGGAAAUACCCAGUCUACCGAAAGACUGUUUCAUUAUCAAAAGCAUUCAGUGAAAUUUUGUCUUGAAAAUGGGAGGCUCGUAUUCGCUGAAUAUUCCCCAGAGGAGGAUAUUUCCUCCGUUAGUCUCAAAAAAUCUAUACUCUUUCAACUGCAGAUGUCUGGUGAAACCUAUGGACUACCAUUCCGGACUAUAGAAAUAGAUCAUUUGGGGACAUGUCAGACAGAAUACAUUCCAAAAAAUAUCACCUCACAGUCAGUUACCUUUGUUAAGAAAAGAAACUCAAUCACGUGUAGAGAUGACAUUCAAACAUACCCUUUAGCAAGUAAUUUAUUAACAUCAGAACAAAAGCUCACAGUAAACGAUCGAUCACUGUACUUAGAUAGUGAUUUAACAUGUGAAUUGACGUAUCAACCGAAAGGACACUUGAAUACUGUUCAUUGUCAUGAAGUAUCGGUCAUGAAACCGUGGAUCGGAGCAUUUUACACCAGACCAAUAACUUUCAGUGUAUACCUGGAUAUAGAUCUGAUUGAUGUAAACAUUUACAAGGAGGCUCUUCCUAUGUUUCACGGUGUAUCCAGUGAGUAUUGUCGAUUUCCUGAAGAAAAUAAUCGAACUGUUGAUACAGACCAUUCCUAUUUGGAAAAAAUAAUUAAAAAUCAAAGCUUUAUUAACAUGGUUAUGAAUUCACCGGAAAAAUUUAGUGAUUUUUUUGAACAGCUUCAACAUCUCACUUAUGAACAGUUGGUAGAGGCUUACAGUGCGUGGAAUCAAUUCGGUCAACCAAAGAAAUAUUUAGAAUUUCUACAAAAUAUUAUUGCAGAGUUGAGGACAGACGCCUCCAUGAAAUUUAUUAUAAAGCAUCUUAUAAUGAACAAGAUGAACAAAUGUGCACAGCUGGAAUGGAUUCGUUUACUUGGCGUGGUCCAAGCGCCCAGCUAUCAACUCAUCAAAGAGAUGAAAAACUUACUGGAUUCUGCUUUGUAUAAAGAUACAGUUCACAUUGUCAGUUUAAAUAUCCGGAGAUUUUGUGAAAGUAACCCGUCAUGCAUGGAAUUCGAUGUUAUCAGAAAUAUGACAGCAGUUAUCGAAGAUUCCGUUAAAUCAAAGGUCAUUGAUAAGUCGUUAAUUUCAAUGGAGGCAAUUUCAAAUAUUGGUUUAUUUCUGCCCAGUAAAAAUGCCAUUUCAAUUGUACGAAACAUUUUAAUGAAUCGUGAUGACGUAGACUAUUAUAGUUUACGCAUAUAUACAGGACAGAUUAUUUCUCAGUUUGAAUGUGAUGAAAGUUUAAAUACCAUACUCUGGAGCAUAAUUCUAAAUGAAAAUGAAACAAGUGAACUAAGAAUUGUCGUCUUUAAUGCAUAUUUUCAGUGCUUAGAUCAUUUGAAAAUGCGAAAUAUUUUAUCGUAUCUAGGCAGAUCUCUUCAUAAUCAAGUUCGAUCAUAUAUUAUAAGCAAGAUUUUCAGUUUGUUGAGGACAAAAGAUACGAAUAAGCAGCAUCUUCAAUCUAUUGUUUAUAAGUUUAAAGAAGAAAUUAAACGAUUUAACGAAGAAAUUGGAAUACCGUUUACGAUGAAAAAUUCCUUUUACUAUGAAUUUCUUCAAAAAACGAAAUAUGGUAAUUUCCUAAUAGAAUUUGCACUUAUAUAUGAACCAAACAUUGUGUUGCCAACUGCUUUCAGUGUAAACCUUCAACGCCAAACAUCAGGAAAGACAAAAGGUAUCGUUUAUGCUUAUUAUCGAUUUGGGAGAGAAGCAACGGUAUAUAAAACUGCAACUCAAUUAGUAAAUUUGAUUACGUCAUUUAUUCCCUCAGUGAAAAAAUACCUGGAAGGUGUUGAAAAGCAGCUACCGGAGAAAUAUGAUGCACUUUUCAUCAAGUGGUUGGACGAAACUGUAUUCACUUCAUUGAAUAUCAGCAAUGAAUUUUCGAGGCUGUUUCUUUCAGAUCAGCACUGUCCUCAUACACCACUCAGACUUAGUCAUGCUAAAGCACUGCAACAGUCUCAUUUUUCGUUUCCCUUAAUCAGUGGCAUUUAUAUUAAGUCGACGAUAGUCGCCAUAUCCUACGUCAAUAGCUACCUACAAGGAAAAUACAUGCUAAAUCCGUACCUGUUUUCCGCAGUUAUAAAACAUAAUUCAAAAUUGUACAUUACUCAAAGCAUACAACUUGUUAGUGGAUUUCAUGAACAUUUUGGUUUCCGGUCAGAUAGGCAAAUUGAUUUUAAUUUACAGCUGAAUGAAUCCGUUAAACUGUCUAAACUUUACAAUUAUUUAUUGUUUGAAUUAUUUUCUGAAGCUUGGCCUGAUAAUUAUGAAUUGUUCAAAUACACAAGAACGGACUACCUCUCACAUAAUAGUCACGUAAACGCUUUGGAGAGUGAAAAUUCCAAAUUAUCGAACUCAGAUUCGCUAACGAAAACAAAGUCUAGUCCGUUUGGUGGAUUUCAUAUCAACACAAAGAUAUUAUAUGAUGCAGCAAACCCUCAUUCACUGAUGCAAGUAGUGCAAAUCAAAUUUUGUGAAAUGAAAGCAUUGUUCAUACAUUUCGUCUACAACAUGACUAACAUUAGUACUUCUAAAGAAGAAAACAGUGUCGUUGAUCUACUAAUCACUCGACCAGGUUUUACAAGUCAGCAGGACCCUGAAAAAGCUAAUAAGUUUAUUGAAACAAACUUACAGUUAAACCAACGGAACAAUAAGUUACAGUUUCUUCAUGCCAAGGUUUCAUCUCCCUGGGGAAAUUCUUAUCAACUUUACAUCAAUGUUUCCGAUGACGGUCUAAUUCGAGGAGAGGGAUAUGCUAAUCAAAACAAAAUAAUACAGACAAAUGGAACGUCGAAAACUGAUGGAAUCAACAUGGAAACAGUUACACAGAUACAUCAUCCAAGUGGCAUCAUCAACAUGAAUUUCAGUAGAACUUCUAAUUUAUUCGUCAGAAUGAAAGCGACAAAUCAGGAUGACAGCUUGCCUUUUGAAUUAAAUUUCAUCAGCAAUAUUUUCAAAAAUAAAAAUCUUGAAGCACUUGGCAUAGCCGCAUUCAAUACUUCAGUAUCUAUGAGUUUAUCAAGCUUACUUAAUGUAAGAUGGAAAUUUCAGUUAAAUUCUCCACAAGAUCAAUGGCCACCUGUCUAUUACUGUGAAACCAUUUUCAAUGCUACAGUGCUCCAACGCUAUCUAAGUUAUCAAAGUUCAUUCUUCUGGAAUGAGGGACCAUAUGAAAAUGAAAAGUCUUCUUUUGACAGUGAAAGCGAUAAACACAUAACAUUGAAAAUGAAAGCAGAAAGCUCAUCAUUCCCGUCGGGUUUGGAGUGUUUAAUCAACAUUUUCAAGACAAAACAAUUUCUAACACCCAUUUCUGGGAAACCCUCCAAAUUUCACAUCCAAGCUGAUUUCAUAUAUACGAACAGUGACAGAUAUAAUAAAAUGAAUAUUUCAUUUAUAAGUCUUUAUGAGAUAAACACUGAAAGGAUAAAAAAUCUUACCAGCCUAUUUGCUUUUUCUAUUCCUAACAAAGAAAUCAAUUUUCUAUUUAAUCAUAAAAUGGACUGGAAGUUUUCGUAUACAGGAGCAUUAGUGAAAUUUCACACUACGCUAGACAUCCAUUCUCAACCGGUAAAUAAGUCUGUACAAGUAACACUUUUGCACAACAGCGAGGAACAACUACUGUCGUCUCUAAUUAUGCAGUAUAAUGAUGUGCAUCAUAGAAAAGUGUAUUCAAUAAAAAGUUGGUUACAACCAUGGCAUAGUCUACACGAAUUUAUAUUACAGUGGCCAAAUCUGCAUACAAUUCGUGUGUUAAGUAUUUACGAUAUAACAACUGUUGAUUCAUAUGCCGGAUUAACUUUAGAUCAUCUUGUCUAUUUUAAUCAUGUUAAGCAUUUACAAAUAAAAAAUCAAUUAAUGUACAAGCUGAACGAACACAAGUUAACUGCUUUUCAUCAAACUGAAACUUUAAACCUGACAAAUAACAACAGCCACCUGAGUCACAAUAGUACAGUUAACGCUAAUGAGGUGGAAAAUAAAAACAUAAUUUCAAAAUUGGAGCUAGCUCUACAAUUAUUACCUGAACUACACUUCUUACCAUUGCAUAUUAAAUUUAUAUGUGAGGGUAAAAUUCAUUUGUAUGCACCAAAUUUUAAAAUAGAUGAAGAGGGUCAAGGUAAACUAAAAGUUGAUUUUACCAAAAUGAAAGGUGAAACACUCUUAAAACUCACCAACAAUAAUUCAAACAACCAAAUGAAAUUUAAUACAGAGUUGGAGUUAAUUUAUGAGUUUAAUCAUAAAUCACUGAUCAACACAAACUUUGACCUGAUUACACAGUCAGGCAAACAAAACAGUCUGACACUAAAUUGGAAAUCUUCUGACAAUAACAAUUUCAUGGUUUUGAACUGUUUAUCGUCAUCUCUUGGUAAUCUAAUUUAUCAUUCAAAACACCGUUGGGAUAGUGUGUAUCAUUUCGACGGUUCUAAUAUGAUUUCCAUUCAGAUAUACUCACCAGAUUAUUGGCAGCGUGGAUUUUAUUUAAGUAACAAUUACGCUUUAAAUUUGGAUUCGAAUCAAAAACUAUUUGAAAUUCGCGCUGAAUACAGUACAACUAAUGCAAAAGGGCCUGGAUCACCUGUACGUGCAAGAAUAUUUUUUAAACAUGCAGAAAAAUAUGAACAUGGUAACCUCGAAGUUGGACUGGAUUCUCAGUUGAUGGGUUAUUACUUUGGAUAUGAGAUGAUUAAUGGUAUGGUACAGUAUGAAUUCAAUUUGCCAAAAACAGAAAAUGAAGUCGUUUUCACCAGUCGUGGUAUAGUUGGCUACCGUUUGCAUGAAGGUAGAGGAACAAGAGGUUAUCAAGGUGAAUUACUCGUGAAUAAUAAUAAAGAGGAUGCAAAACUUGAUAUUCUGUGCAGGGUAGGUCGACCUGGAUUAAUGGAUGACAACAAAGUUGAAUACAGUCAUACAUUACAAAAGAUGCACACUUAUAUCCAAAUUUCCACUGUCUUCCUGAGUGAGUUGUACAUUCAUGGUCAUUGUAAUCUUAGAUAUAUUGAUGAAUUACUAAUUCCUAUAAAAUCAAACAUCACUUUGUUAAUUCCAUGGUUACCUCUGUUGUUCAGCCUAAGUGAACAAUUGGAAAGAACUAAAGCUUUUUUCAAAAUAAAUGAAAAUCUACUCAUUUCAACAACUCAAGCAUUAAAUCAGUAUCGCCUUAAUCAAUCAUUUCUAUUUGAGAAGUCGGGAAAUUCAUCCAAUAUUUAUGAUGAGAUACAAUUUGAAUGGAAUACAAAUAUAUUUACAAUACACCGUGUUAAAAUGGCAUAUAAGCAUUUGCAGUCCAGUGAAGAAAUAAACGAACACCUUUUAGUGGACUGGAAUUCAUCAGUGUAUUCACUAAUCAUGUACAACAGUGCCAACAAUGAAAUAAACAUACACUACAACAUUACUGACAAACUAUGGAAUACUAUAUCUUAUGGAAAUUUCUCCUUGUUAACAAAGUCUAAACAGGAUUACAGUGUUAAAACAUGUCAUCUAAGUGGAAUUCUUGUAAUUCCACAUUAUGAUAUUAAUUAUAGUAUUCGAAAUUUCUCUUUCCAAUCCAAACAACAAGUCGACAAUGUUGAAUUACUGUAUUUCUUUGAAGUGUGUAACAACUAUCAGACAUCAGCUGACUGUUAUGCAAAUAUAGGAACUCUGAAGCUAUUUACGAAUCCUAGUUUAUAUGAGCUUUACAGCAAAAUAAGUCAUGAACAGCUUGGCUAUCUAAAUGUUUAUUUUCAGUUUAAAGACUUGAAAGACGUUGACUUUCAAAUAACAGUCAAUCCAGUGGAUUUUAAAAAUUAUAAAUUUAUCAAAGUUAGUUUAAAUAAUUAUAUUUCACCAGAAGACUGUAGUUUAUCUUUCAAUGGGUCAAUUGAAAUUCAACCGUUGCUACCGAGGAUAUCAGCAUUACUGAAAUCAUCAUCUGACGCUCCGGAUUUAAGCGGUAAUUCUGCAAAUUGUCCAACAUAUUUUAAGUUAAGCCUUCAAUCAAUAAAUACAAAUAGUAAUAGUAAAUGGCGAAAUAUCAGUUUGUUUUACGACCGUUCUAUAAAUAGAUCAGACUUAUCCAUCGAAGUUGGAGCACCUGACUUAACUUUACCCUAUACAACGGUUUCAAGUAGUGAAAGAAAGCUGAAUAUCAGCGGCAAGCAGAUGGUAGAUAGCUUCGACAUUGUUAAUACGGAAAAUAUAAAUGAGCCAGUAGAGUUUAAGACUACCUUGUCACAAACGAAGCAUAUUUCAUCGAUCUCAUUAGACAUUAUGAACUCGUAUAUAAUGCUAAUAGAGAUGCAAAGUCAUGAGAAUAAUUCUGGUAGUUCCAUGAAUAUGUCAUUAUUCUCAGGGAAGAAAAGAUUAGGUCUUUUAUUUCAUGCAGCUGAAACAAUUAAACUUAGUCAGCAGUUGUCCUACAAACUGUUCAAUUACAUAGAAAUCGAUCAGUACAACUUCAACUUGUCAUUGAACUUAACACAUUUAAUAAAACAAAAUAAUUCACUAGUGCUGUUGAAAGUUAAUUUCACUUCUAAUUUUCCACUGCUAUGUGAUUAUCAAAUAAAUGAAAUUUAUGCCUCAUUUGAAAAUCAACAAGGCAAUUCUAACUUUUUAAUCAUAUUUGAUUUAUACUUCACAGAAACCAAAGUAAUUAAUCAUAAAUUUGAAGUUGUAGCUUCUAGAAUCAUACCUAUUUUAGUGGCUGAAAUGCAUAUAAAUAAAAUUCUUGGAUUUACAGAAAAUCAAAAUUGGCUUGUUGAAGUUAAAAAUAACGGUCAAAAGAUUUAUUUUCUUGUGUUCUUGAAUAAUAAUCAAAUUAUCAUGAUAAAUUAUGCAUUUGAAAAAUUUACACUAAUAGUUAUAAUUGAACAAAUGAUCCAUUUAACAACAAACCUUUUGGGAUUGAUUGCAAAUCUGUUAAAGUGCAUAGACGUUUACCCCGAUAAACGGAAGGAUAAUGAAAAUCAGACUGCUAUCCAACUUCCUUGUGUAAAUGAAGAAUGCUUUCUAUAUAUCGUUACAGAAGGACAGUACCCAGUCAACCUAAUCAUCAAAUUCCACUUACAUAGUGAAGUGAAAAUCAUGCAAAUUCAACGAAUGUUAUCAGCAAACGUCAGUUUGUCUUCCAGCUUAUAUUUCAUCCCAUCGGUACACUCCUCAUUGUUAGCUAGACAAAACAUUUCCCCAAAACAAACAGCAUUUAGUUUAAAUUAUCAUGGGUUUAUUGAAAAUGUGAUCAACGAUACAUUUAUACAGGUAAAUUUCACUUCAGACAGUGAUAACCAGGGUGACAGAAAUGUGAAAACAACAAUAUAUGCUCAAAUCAAUCGAAGUAAUGCACAUAGUUCCAGUGCCAAUUUAAAACUUCUUUUUAUAACUUCGCUUGGUGAGCAAUAUACAGCGGAAUUUCACAUUUUUGUUAAUAAGGAUAAAUUUGAAAAUAUAACUUUUCAUGCUUACACAAACCAUGAAUUACUUGGUCAAGAUCAAACAAAAUACUUGUUAUAUACGAAAACGAAACAUAGAUUGUUCAAUUUAACAAUAAUUAAUGACAGUUUUAGACAACAUAUCACCGUCUUACUCGAUCCAGACUUAUCAAUCGAUGAUUGUGCAGUGUCAUUUGACUAUAUAUCUGAAGGAUGUAAGAAGUCUGUACAUAUCAGAACGGCUUAUCGCCAAAUGCUUUACUCAUUUGAAGACCGACAAUUAAUGGAUGAUAGCUAUGUGUACAGAAAUAAAACAGUUACGUGGAACUACCUGAAUUUUCUAGAAAAUAAAGUGCCUAGAAAUGUCGAAACAGAAUUAACAAUAUAUCAGAAAAGCUCAACUUCUGUGGCAGAAAAUGAAGAAAGUUUGACUGAGGGGAAAUCACAGCAUGCUGGUAUUCACAUAAAGUCAAACAUUUUAAAACAGGGUUUUAUCAAUAUUAUGGGUAAAAUAUUGAAAGACAGAAAUAAGUUUCAACUGUUGGUAACUAUGAAUCAUGGAGAAAAUUUGCCUGAUGAAAGUAUAGACCGUCAAUUAAUUGUAACAUGGCCAUAUACCUUAGAAACGAUGAAUUAUCCCUUGCUGUUUAUUAAAAGUGUGGACAAAUUUUUAUGCAUUAAAGGAGGAUACGUUCAACAAACAGGGAUGAUAAAUACAUCUGUGCAAAUAAGAGCAAAUGACGAAAACGUAAACUGGGAACUGAGUUGGGAAAAGUGUUCUUUUCGCAUAUUGAUUGACAAAUAUGCGGAAUUCGCAUACAAACAUAUUCACAAUUGUAAUAAUGACAGUAAUAAUAUAGCAAACAACAAUAUUUAUCAAGUUAGUUGUCAACUGCACAGUCAGAAUGAUUUCCUCAAUUUCAGUAAUACAAUUUCAAUGAACUAUCCAAGCAAUGAGGAAAAUAUGGACAUGGAUGACCUGUUCAUUGGAAAGACAAUUCUGGACUGCAAUAAACAAAGAACUGUGAUGCAAGCACAAAUAGCCAGUGAUUACAAUGCAAUGUUAGAAACCAACAGCGUUGAAAAAUCCAAAAAUGAAGGCCAUCUAAAUGCCCGCUUCAUGACAAAUCUGGAUCAUUUAAACAAUUUUCAUCUGUUUUCAUACUGGAGACCAGAGUUAAUUGAGGAUAUAUUAACAUGUCCAAGUGAAUUACCAAAAUAUUUUAAUCCAAUGAAUGAAUACUCACUAUUCAGAACAUUUCAUCAUACAAAGAAACUACUCAUACAUUCAAUGGAUGAUAUAAUUGAUUCUGUCGAUGAAAUUAAACUUCUUCAGCUCACUAACACACUUCUAUUCGAUGCAGAAAGUUUCAUUCAAGAAAUGAAAAAGUGGAUUGAUAAUGACUACUUUUACCUUCAAACAAUAAAUGCUACAGUGCUUAAAAGUAUUGCACAAAUUAACUUCAAUGUUACUGAAUCAAAGGUUUGGCAAACUGUACAGAUACUUUUCAACAACAUGACGUCAUCACAACUGAGUAUACUUAAGGACUUAGAAAACAAUUAUAAGCAGUUUUGGUUAAGCGUCCGACGAAAUUUAGGAAGAAGUCUCAAAAUGCCGUUUGCUGGUAUCGACCUCCAUCUUGAUUACCUAAUAAACUUAUUUCAGAAUAAAUCGCAGGAAUUGUUCAGUGAUGCAGCAAAAGGUUUCGAAUUAGGUCGUAACUGCUUCGAUACCCUAUGGUACAACGUAACAAACAUCAGUAAAAUGUGGCUGGAACUACCGGAGGCACUAUUUGUUAAUAUUCUGGACACAAAUGAUUUUGACGUAAAUACAACUGAAAAAUUGAAAAAUAUUACGGUACAUAUAACACAGAUGAAAGAAUAUUUGAAAAAUAUUGUUGAAGAAAUAGAUAAACUGUUCGGGUGUAAUGAUAUGAACAACAGCAUAAAAAAAUUAUGUGACCACAACAGAAGCAACAAAUCACUGUGUAUGGAUGAUUUCACCUAUGAACAACUGCAUCAGUUCAUUCACCGGAUCAGAAAUGAACAAACUGAAGAAUCAUCUGCAUCAUUAUUACUCGAACAGAAUUCCAAGAAUUUUACAAAAUCCAUGGAUAAAAACUGGCAUUAUUUUAAAGUCUAUAUUCCCCAAUCAGCGCAGAUAUUUAUCCGAUACUUACCACAACUAUGGUCCCAUUAUAUACAGCAUUUUGAGGAACAGUCAAGAAUGAAGCCGCUGGCAAGUUAUGUGACAACGAAAACCAAUAACUCUGGAUAAAUGGAAUUUUACCAAUGCGUUGUAAUUUGUAUCUCGGUGAUUGCUAACAAGGUCAUAGCCUUCCUUUAUUAUUAUGCAUAACCUAACCAUAAAUGUUUUAAAAUCUAUUACAAGCUUGAAAAAUUACAUACUUAGUUAUUUU